AUGCAAGACGGCUCAAACACAGCGUUGGGUAAACAGAAGUCGAUUUGCUUGUUUGUGGGUAUCUUCUUCGUCUUUUCUACCAUAUCCUUGACUACUCUUUUGAAGGAUUCAUCAACUCAACCCAUUUUACAGCGAAAUGAAAUAAUGAAGGUACGUAGUCAGGCUUGGACACAGGGCAGGGCAUCAGGGCAUUAAGUAUAAUAGUACUAAUAAAUUCAUUAAACAUAAUAUAGUCACAAAUAAUGAAUUACACAACUUAAAAACAAGUUAUUUAACAUUUAAAUAUUAUUAAUAACAAAAAAAAACAACAUUUUUUAAAAAUUUUAAACAUUAAUUAUAAGUAAUAUUUCUGAAACCCUAAAUUCUCCUGUUCUCUGUAACUUCAAAUUGAUUUAGCAAGUAGCAGUAAGGUUUUGGUACUGUAUGGUACUAAUUUUUCUAAAUUUUGUUCUUUUUGACAUUGUAUGGUACUAAAUUGUACGGUCGGCGGAGACUUUAGGGUAUUCGGCGGAGGGUCGGCGGAGGCUUUAGGGAAUUCUAUUUAUUCGACCCUACCCUUGACCUUUGAGCGCUAUCCCAUCUUACCCCUGGCCUUUUUAGCCUACCCGACCCUACUCUUGACCUUUUUAAACCUAACCUACUAUACCCAUGUUGCCUAAUAUACCAUACCCUACCAUAAACUAUCCUAUCUAUCAUACCACAUCUUAAUAUAACGUAUCAUAUUAUACCAUACUAUGUCAAACUAUACUUGACUAUAUUAUACCAUUUUACUUACCUGUUCUACCAUACCCAUGGAUAGUACACGGUAGUGUUGUAUAAGAUUGAAUAAGGUAAGGUAUAGUACAGUUUGAUAUGGUAUGGUAUUGUAAGGUAUGGUAUGUUAUGGUAUGAUAGGAUAUGGUAUUGUAUAGUAUGGUAUACUAUGAUGUGGAAGGUAUGGUAUUGUAUGGUAGGGUAUUGUAGGGUUUGGUAUGGUAGAUAUGAUAGGUUAUGAUAAGGUAUGGUAUGUUAGGUAUGGUAUGCUUAGUGAGAUGGGUAUGGUAGUAACACAGGACAUCGUAUGGUAUAUUAUUAUAUUAUUAUAAUGGACGAGUAUGGUAUAGUUGUGUAAGGUAACAUAUGCAAGGGUAAAGUGGGAUAGGGUUAAACAGGUCAAGAGUAGGGUCGAGUUAAUACCCUAAACUCUUCGCCAAAUUGCCUAAAGCCUCCGCCGACCCUCCGCCAAAUACUAAAGUGUCCGCCGAAUCAAAAAGAAAAUUUUUGGAAAGAACAGGGCAUUUGCAGGGCAUUACAGGGCAUAUGGCAUGCCCUGCCCUGUUCGAAGCUAUGCCCUGCCCUGUAAAAAAAAUUCAAACCAUGCCCUAUGCCCUGCCCUGUGUCCAAGCCUGUACGUAGUACAUUUGCACACGUUCAAUCACCUUUUAUAAUGACUAUUAACUUAGCAGGCUUGGACGUAGGGCGUUGCCCCCUGUGCCCGACCCGGCCCUGGGGCCGGGGCAGGGCCCAUUUUUACGAUCAAUUACAGGGCCGGGCAGGGCCCAUGAUUCUAACCGGGCAGGGCUUGCUUCGUGCCCGGUGAUGCCCUGUAAAUGCCCGGUAAUAAUUUUUUCAUAUAUAAAAAAAAUUAAUUUAAAAUUGUUGAGUGUCUAACAAGUAAUGUUAUUUACUUACCCCACUUCACUCCUGAACAUUUUAGCUCUUUCCGACCUCAUCCCUGAUCCUUUUAUCCCUACCCGACUUCAGCCCCCCCUAUUUUAACCCUACCCAACGUCACCCCUGACCCUUUUAACCAUAUGCCACACCCCGCCAUACCCUAUCCUAUCUACCAUACCAUAACAUACUACAUAUACCAUACUGUAUCAUAUCUUACCUUAUCCAAUCUUAUACAACACUACUGUGUACUACCCAUAGGUAGGGUAGAGUAGGUAAAUAAAGCAAGAUAAAUGGUAUAAUAUAGUCAGGUAGAGUAUGGCAUGUUAUAUAUGUUAAGGCAUUGUAGGAUUUGGUAUGGUAGAUAGGAUAGCAUAUAGUAUGGUAGGGUAUUGCAGGGUCUGGUAUGAUAGAUAGGAUAAGUUAUGAUAUGGUAAUGUAAAGUAUUGUAAGGUUUGGUAUGUUUUGUUUGGUAAGAUGAGUAUGAUAUAGUAAGUAGCAUAGGGCAUGGUUCAGUACAGUAUGGAAUUUUAUGUAGGGUGGGUAUGGUAUAGUAGGGUAGGGUAAUAAAGUCAAGGGUAGGGUCUAGUAAAGCUAAACAGGUCAAAGGUAGAGUUGGAUAAAGCUAAAGAGGUCAGAAGUAAGGUUGGGUAGGCCUAAAAAGGUCAGGUGUAAGGUCGGGAAGAGCUAAAAGGAUCACGGGUGAUGUCGGAUAGGGCUAAAAGGGUCAGGGGUGAGGCCGAAUAGAUAUAAAGCAGUUUAUUUCACUUGUUAUUAGCUUUAUAAACUUAAUUUACAAAUGCCCUGUAAAACCCUGUAAAUGCCCUGCUCGACCCGGCCCUAGGGCCGGGCCGGACAGGGCCUGAAAACUAAAACCCUGCACCGGGGAGGGCCCAAGCGGGCCCGGCCCCAGGGCCGCAAAUUGGGCCCUGCCCUGCCCUACGUCCAAGCCUGCUUAUUAGUCAUUCAAAAGUACCUACUGCUUACGGUAACAGCAGGCACUCUAACUGAAGUAAAGCAGGGCUUAUACUGUAAUUUACUAUAGUAACUGAUAAAAUGUUUCCAGACGAUAGUUCACCUGGACUUGAAAGGUGCUCCCCCGAGGGUAGAAUACCUACAACAAUUCUUCCAACUCCUAUCCAGUCUAGAUGUAGAUGGCGUGCUCAUGGAGUACGAGGACAUGUUUCCUUACUCUGGUAAUCUCUCCGACCUACCACAGCCUAAUCACUACACAACUGAUGAUAUCCACAAUAUCAACAGUUUGGCUGAUCAGAAUGGACUGGAGCUAAUUCCAUUAGUGCAGACUUUUGGUCAUCUGGAGUUUGUCCUCAAACUGGACAGAUUCAAACAUCUGAGAGAGAAUCAGACGGCCAACAACACCAUCUGCCCUAGCGAUCACCAGUCGCUGGAACUCAUAGAUGAAAUGGUCAGACAGGUAUGCUUGCUAUAUUACAGUACUCCUUAAGAUAACACUGAACAAAAACAUUUUUACGUAUUUAUCAUGAACAUGUCUAGGUACUAUACAGAAUAUUGAGUAUUCCUUCCAUGUUUCAGAUCCGAGAAUUGCAUCCGAAUGCGACGACGAUCCAUCUAGGAGCAGAUGAAGCGUACCACGUAGCCGAAGACGGUCGAUGCAAAGAAGCCUUAAUAUCCCACUUCAAUGAAUCCGUAGACGAACUCAAACUCAAUCAUAUUGCAAAGUAAGCUAAGAUUCAGCUGUUUGAUAACAAAAACUCGUGUUUUAAUGACCAACUAUAAUAUUUUACUAUUGUUAUAUGAAAACACAUAAGAAAUGUCAUGAGACUACUCUGUUUAAACAUCAGCUGUUUUAGUGUGGCUCUGCUGGGAAGAAAGUACAAAUUCGAUCGUAUCUUAGUAUGGAACGACAUGUUCGGAGGAGUAAAUGCAUCUUUACUGGCCAAAUACAAGCUAGGCCAACUCGUAGAACCUGUAGUUUGGGGCUACGCAGUGGAUGUUACAGUACCCAACUACUUUCCGAAGAAAAUGUUCAAAGAAUAUUCCCAAGAGUUCAAUUCAAUUGUCUUUGGCAGUGCUUUCAAAGGUGCCAAUGGAAUCGAUCAAACCUUUUCCGAAAUACAGAGAUACGUCGCCAACCUGGGGUCGUAUCACCAGUUACAAACCAUCGAGAGUGAUGUGAGUUUAAGUUAUUACUUUUAGAAAAAAAGUAUAGUAAUAUUAUGAAAUACUGUAACUUAUCAUAUGAUAUGGUAUUUUUGCAAACGUUUUACUAUCUGUAAACCUCUUCGACUAUUAACAAUAUAAAUGUUUCAGUAUCUCUCAGACAAAGUAGGAACGAUAAUAUUGACCGGAUGGCAAAGAUUCUGGCACGGCAGCCCGUUAUGUGAACUUCUCCCAGUUGGUAUACCGUCUUUGGUAUACGAGAUGUCUUACAUCAAGAACUGGCAGAGUACUUUCCCAAAAAUCGAUAAGAAAUGGGUCGAAGUAAGUGUCUCUUAUUAGUGUGUUAUCUUUUACUGUAAUACUUUGAAAAAAACUAUGCCUUUUAGCAAAGGCAAGUAACGUUAUCCUAUAUGUUAUUACUUUUCACUGUUUUGUACAGUAUUAAAAUACAUAUUGCUUCAGCAAGUCUUGAACUGCACAAACCCACAACCAGUGACUCCAAUAAAAUACCACGGCAAUGUGUUCCACCCGCCAUUGGAAUGGAACUUCUUAAAAUGCUUUUUCCCUGGAGCCAAUCUCUACGAUCUAAUCGAGAAGUUCAGAUUCACAAGAUGGAAAGCCGCGGUUUCGAUUCCAGGAGAUGAAAGUAUCAAACGAGAACUACAAGUACUUAAAACUGAGGUAAGAUACCUCGAUGCACUAACUCAAUUCAAAAGUGCUAUCGCUAUCAAAUUUUCUGAGAAUGUUUAAGGCAUUUAUUAUAUUUUACGGUGCAUUAACCGUGAAUUACUUAUUUCAUUUUAGCUCCAAGUGGCAUUAUCAGAAAUCUACUUCGAGGACACUGUAAACGAGUUCAUUGCACAAAACUUAGAACCUGUUAUCAACUUCCAACCGGUUUUCCCAACUCAACCACAAUAA